AUGUCUCCCUUAUUAGGACUACUAAUAUCCUUAUUAUUGAUCUCGGUAGCUUAUUCUACACCUCCAGAAAAGCCUAUUACGUGCACCAAUGGCAACUCAAAAUGCACAAUCACCAACUCAAUUGAUAUCUUUCCCGACCGCACCAUCUGCAGGGCAGGCUUCGCGGCCUACCCUACCUCGGAAGCAGAACUCAUUGCGACCGUCGCUGAUGGCACAAGAAGAGGAUUGAAAAUGAAGGCAACCACCCAAUUAUCUCAUAGCAUUCCCAAGCUAGUUUGUCCCGGGGGAGAAGAUGGGCUUCUUAUAAGCACCGAGCGCCUUUAUAAGGUGCUCAACAUCGACAUGAAUGCCAUGACGAUGACGGUUGAGAGCGGGGUGAUGCUUAGAGACCUCAUAAGUGAGGCUGCAAAGGCAAAGCUGGCUUUGCCUUACACGCACUAUUGGUGGGGUUUGACCGUUGGAGGCAUGUUGGGGACGGGCGCACAUGGCAGCACUUUGUGGGGCAAGGGAAGCGCGGUUCAUGACUAUGUUAUUGGGCUUACGAUUGUCAGUCCGGGCAGUGAGGUGGAUGGAUUUGUCAAAGUCCGACAGCUCAAGGAAGGUGAUGAAGAACUAAACGCAGCCAAAGUAUUAGAAAUUGAUACACAUUUCUACAAUACUAAAUUAAGUCUAGAAUUUUCUACACAUUUGUAG